CUGAUGUCUGAGUAUUUGAAGAAAAUGGAGAUGAAAAGAAAAUUGAUGGAUAGGGCUGCCAAAUGGGUAUAAAAGGCUUAAAAGUUGGUAGAUACUGUUGUUUUAAGCCUGAGUGGGUUAAGGCAUUCCAGUGAGGGGAGUCUAGGGUUACACUGCAAAGGGUAAGUAGCAAAAAAAGAGAAAUAUCUGCCCAUUUUACAUGACAGGAACCAAUAAGCUCCUACCAGUUGCUUCUGCAGUCUGGCCACCAAGAUUGACGUGGAAGACACGUCAGAUUGAUCUGAACAAACUUCAAGCAGAUAACUUGAGCAAUUCAAGCCCUAAUCGGAUGAAGAUCACCUUGAGCUUUUGUGUCGUGCAUUUGAAGUUGCUGUUCAAACACUACAAGAGAGCAGAUUUGGAAGGAAGUGCCUUCAGACUCCAGAACACUCCUCCCAGCUCAGCCCAUUGGAGAAGCCUCUGUUCCCCUUCUCAGUCCAUGUAUCUCUGGGUUAAAUCUGUCUGACUGCCUUUAACUCUGUGCAGAACCUUCCCUGGCUUUCCCCCCUUGCGGGAUGGGUAAGAAACCUUUUAAAACUCACUUGGAAGAUUGAGAAAACAUUAGUAAGCAUGAGGAUAGAGAGUGCAUGGGGUGGGAUCUGACUCAGUAAGGGAGCACUUUCGUUUUACAGAUUGAAAAAUAACACAAGUCAGAAAGUCUAAGGCUCCCCUGCCUCUCCUGCAUGUAACAGAGACAUGUAUAUUUUGCAGUAUUCCAGCCUACACCCUAUCUAGAAGUAUAUGGAUGUUUUGUUGCAUUGUGCUUUAGAGAUAGCCAGCUUGCUACAAUGUAUCAACAAUGUAUCGCCAGUGAGUUCUGUUAUUCCAUAAGUCAGUGAGUGGCCACUGAUUUGCCAGAUAUUUGAGGAAUGUGCAUUUAUUACAGUUGCUUUGCCAGAAUUACCUUGUGAUUGCCUGUCUGAUUUUGAUUCACCCUGCAGAGCAAGCUUAUGGAGAAGUGAAUCAGCUCGGGGGGAUGUUUGUGAACGGAAGACCAUUGCCCAAUGCCAUCAGACUGAGGAUAGUGGAACUAGCCCAGCUGGGAAUUAGACCGUGUGAUAUUAGCAGACAGUUACGUGUGUCUCAUGGAUGUGUGAGUAAAAUCCUGGCCAGGUACAAUGAGACUGGCUCCAUCCUUCCAGGAGCUAUUGGGGGAAGCAAGCCAAGAGUCACCACUCCCAAUGUGGUGAAGCAUAUCAGGGACUACAAGCAAGGAGACCCAGGCAUCUUUGCUUGGGAAAUCAGAGACAGACUACUGGCUGACAACGUCUGUGACAAGUACAAUGUGCCUUCUGUGAGCUCAAUCAGCAGGAUUUUAAGGAAUAAAAUUGGGAACCUGUCUCAGCCCAGUCAAUAUGAAAAUUCCAAGCAGCAGUCAUCACAAGCUUCCCUGCCUUAUAAUCACAUCUAUCAAUACCCCUACCCUAACCCCAUCUCACCUGGAUCCACCAAGGUAGGGGGCCAUCACCCAGGAGUGCAUAUGCCCAGUGGACAUGUCAGCAUUGCAAGAUCCUGGCCAUCAGCCCACUCUGUCAACAACAUUUUGGGCAUCCGUACCUUUAUGGAACAAACAGGUGAGUUUGUGGAAAGUCAUUAUACCAUGACUGCAGACUGGGUGAUAACAGCCUUCUGUCAAGGUUGCGUAUUCUCUCUCACACACACAGACACACACAGAUACACAGAUACACACAUACACACACAUACACACACAGACACACAUAGACACACAUAGAUACAUAUACACACACAUGUACACGCACACACACUGUCACUAGUACUCUUUCUAUAGUCCAAUAAAUAAGAUGUAUCUAUGGAACAAUAAAAGGUAUUUUGUUAGUGUCAGUUUGUGUCUAUAUUUGAAUAUAUACUAAAAAAAAACAAAAACAAAAACAAAAAACAGGCUCAUAAAUGCAGAGUUCUAAAGCUAAAGAAUUCAAUCACCAUGGGAACCGAUGGAAUGUUCCUGUGGCUUGUUUUGUUUAUAGAACGUUGCCCUAUGUUGCUAUUUGCAUAUAAUCUGCAUAUCAGGUAAAUAAACGCAUUAUCUCAUAUGUAUUAAGUGGUUACCGUACACAUUUUAAUAUCUUCUCGUAGAAAUGCUAAAAGUGGAAAGUGUGGACUAUGUAAAAGACAGACACAAACUAGAAUAGUACUACUCAUAAUAAAAUAAUACAAACAGUUUAUUAUUACAAUACUGGUUAACAGAAGAUAGUAAUACAUAAAUUAAACACAUCUCAGAAGCAAUAUAGGUUAACACAUAUUAUGUCUCUAAAACAUGUCAUAAAACAACUUUGGCUACAUUUUAAACUUAGCAUUAAACUAAUGUUAAACACUGUACAGGUGUUCUCUCAUUUAUCAAUGCGUUAUUAGCAGUAAUUAUUUAAUUUGUAAUAUACACAUUGUUUAUUACAUUUCGGGGUAAAACUAAUAUCACAUAAAUCAUGUAUCUAAGUGUGGUAUUUGUUUGCUUGUUGUGGAUUCACGUGGAUUACUCACUAAAUACCGAAUUAUAGUGAAUUACAAAAGACGAACUGCAAAAUGUAGGCUAAAAUACACAAUUCGGGUCAUUUGGAGAAUACAUCAGCAUACAUUUUGAAAUUCGGUUUCCAAUUCAGUGGAAUUCGGGUUCUAGUGAAUAUAUGUAUUAUUUCUGAAGAUUUCUUGUGCUUACUUUUCGCUUUUACCAGUAAUAAAAGUGAAACCAACAUUACCUAAUGUGAAUCUGGCCCAACCAGCCAGAGGUUUAAUAAAUUCUGGGUCAUAUUCACCCUUAACUGUGCUGUUUAUAAACUUAUCCGAAAUAUUAGAGAGGGUAAGUCAGCAAAAUAGCUUUUUUUCUUUCUUUUUCUUUUUUGUCUCAGAGAGUUUGGCCUUUGGUUAGCAAGUCGCCUUUUUUAGUCGCCAGUACUUACAACUUAGUAAAUACAUCCCUUAGUAAUUAGCAUUGUAAUGAUUCGUUAUGGUUGGCUUCAAAAUUAAACGUUUCUUGAAUUGUGAAUUAAAAAAAAAGCUAGUUACUUGUCAUAACAUAUAAAUGUACAAUGUGCCCACACGUCUAUGUACUAUGUUAAAGAAUAUACGUGUUCUCCAUAUACAUACACAUUUCAUAUAUAUAUAUAUUGUGUGUGUAUAUGUAAAACACACACACACACACACACACACAGACACACACACACACACACACACACACACACAUAUAUAUAUAUAUGUAUGUAUAUGGAAGUAUGUAUAUGUUUAAACAGUAUCUAAAUAUUGUACUGGUUGAUACAUUUUUCAAUUUUAUCCAUACUUUUACUUAUGGUCAAGAGAACAAUAUAAUGCCAACAUUUAGUAGCAUUAGUCAUCUAUGAUAUAUGUAUAAAUUAAAAUUAUAAAUAACAACAAUAUAACUAAGCAAAUGUAUAAUUCAAAUACAUUUUUGCAAUAUUUGCAAGUUCCAGAAUUUUACUCGCUGUCUAUGAAAGGAUCUGUUCUCAAAACAGUCAGUUUAACAUUGUUGCAAAAUAUAGAAGGAACAGUUGAAUAAUUGUAAAAUGAAAGUAGGAGACUUUUUGCAACUUGCAAAUGUUAGUUUAAACUCUGGAAGUCUAUACUGUCAGUUCCCCUUAAUUUUCUGUUUACUAAAAGAUGGUAAUAUUAUUACCCCUAAAAAGCCAGUUAUAAUGUUUGUGUGAAUCAGGCCAUUAGUAAUAUUAUUAUGGUAUGUUUAUCAUGUUAUGAUUUAUUAAAAGGUAACUAACUCUGAUGUAUUCUGUUGGUUUAGGAGCCAUUGCUGGAGCAGAUACCUCUGUUUAUUCUCCAAAAAUGGAAGAGUGGGCAAGUGUCAAUAGAUCGGGUUUUUCUACCACCCAGAACAUCAACUGCAUUGAUAAAAGUGCUGUGGAUCCAGACAUUAAAUAUUCACAGGUAACCUGCAAUUCUUCUCUAACAUAUUAUUUAACACCUGUAUGACAAAGUGGGAGGAAUUUUGCAAUGCAUGAAAAAUAAUAUUGAAACCUUCAAUUUGAAUAAUUUAUCAGAUAAACCUCUCAUUUAUUUAUUUAUCAUUUUUAAAGUGUUAGUUUAUUUCUUUUUAAUGUAUUUAUUGUUGCAAAUUCAAGGAUCAGUGUAAAGAUAUGCCAAAAAGUUUCUGUAAAUUGAAAAUUUUCAUUUCAUUUUUUUUUUGUAACCUUUUCACCUGAAAGACAGGUGCAGAUUUUUGGCACAAAGUGAAAUAUUUUUAAUUUUUUUUUUUCUCCCAUCCUCUUCAUGUUGCAGCCUGCUUCAAGCCUGACAUCAGUGGGGAGUUUUGUUCAAGCCUGUGCAUACCCCUCUGCCAACCAGUAUGGGGUUUAUGGGGGACCAGGAACUGGCUACGUGACCCCAGGCCACCACUGGCAAGCACAAGGUAGCCCCAUUGCUCAUCAUGGGCCGAGCGUGACUGUACACGGUGGAGACAUUGCGUCCCCUAUGACCUUCAAACACCAAGUCAGGGAAGGUAUGAAAACAAGAUGAAAAAUGGGAGCUGUGUGCAGCUGCUCAGAGGAAACUGCCGGCUGGGGGGCAGUUACUGUGAGGUCGCUGGGUUUGGCAAAAAGAAACAACAGUGAGAUUUUGAAGAAAGGGAUGUGAGGGGGAAAGUAUGGCCCUUUUUUCUGGAUGGCUGUUUUAUGACCUGGACAAUUUAUAUUUGAUGCAUGAGGGUCUUCCUUUCACCGCAAAGAUUUAUAGAUAGCAAUCACUCACUGUCAAAAGCACCUUGAAUGCUUUAUUUUACCUUUUCCUUAUGUUCCCUCCAAUAGAGCAUAUUGAUACCAACUUCUACUGAGAGAAUAGCUGGGUUUAAAUCGCAUCUCUCUCCAAAAUAUAUACGAAAAACUCAGAAGAGCUAAAAAAAUAAAUAAUAAAAAAUAUAUAUUUUUAUUUUGGUCUCAAAUCCAAGUCAUUAUAUAUCACUUCAUCUACUGCCCCAUAUUCUAUCUAUCUAUCUAUCUAUCUAUCUAUCUAUCUGUCUGUGUCUGUCUCUUGAUUUAAUUUGAUCCUUAAUUUAAGAUUCAAACGUAUUCUGAAAGGUGACUAUGUUUAGUCGGUGGGUUAGAACAGGAAGUGAUAUAUAACGCUGUAAUAGUCUCUGUGACAUUGUUGUUAUAACAAAAAAAAAACACAAGUUGUAACAAAAACAUUCGUUUUUUACAAGUUUAUAAACGAUUAGGUUUCCGUAGGAGUUCUAAAAAGAUACAUUUAUUAUUUGUCAAUAAUACAUUAGAAGUGCAUAUAUCUUUUAAAAUCAGUCUUUGCAUUUAAUUAUGAAUGGAACUAGUCAGUGUGUUUUAUGGGGCAAAACCUUGUCAUAUAUAAAAGUGCAACUUAAUUUAGUUUUUACACAAGAACUGCUACACAACUGUAAUUGGAAAUGUCAAUAUUCUAUAUACAGACAUAAGAAUGGAUUUUAACAGAAUCUGGGUUUUUACUCAGUGAUUUGAUAAUUUAGUUGCUAUGUGUAACCCGAAAUAGCCAGGAUGGGGGAAAAAACUAUAAUUCUGAUAUUUUAACCUAUUUUUGUUUUCAAGCUAGUUCUUAUGUAGCCCCAACUCACUGAUUAAGAAAUUUAUUAUACAUUUUUUUGUGCUUAGUUGACGAUCCUUUUGCCUACAAAUAAUAAUAAUAAUAAUAAUAAUAAUAAUAAUAAAAAAACAGAGAUUAUUUGAAGUUACCAGGCAAUUGCAAAUUUAAGCCCAGAAUAAUUGAUUUAAAAAAAAGUUAACCCCAAAUUAGUGUUGACUAUUUCAACCUCUGUAUGUGAACAUUUUUUCUUCUUUUGACUGCCCAAAAUUGCCUGUUUAAUGAAUAUACCCCCUAGAUGUGUACAAAACGCCCUAUUAGAAAUUAACUGAUUUAUUUUCAAUCCUUGUGUCCGUCUGUCGUUUUAAGCUUUAAUUUGAUUCUAAUGUAAAUUUUUACAAUCACUUCAUAAUAAAAGCAGAGCAUUAUAAUUUUUUUGAGAAUUCCAUAUUUUCUAUUUCUCUCAUCACGAAAAAAAAAAAAUCUCUACAUAAAUAAGAUGUUUUUUUAAUCUGAUAUACAAUCCAGCAGCCAGGUAUAAAUAUGUAAUUUUGUUUGGAAAAACACAUUGUUUCAGACCAACAACCUGCAGCUCUAACUGCCUACUCUAUACGCAAUUUAGUAUCUUGUUAGAACUGUGGUAAUAAAACUAACUAAACACCUACUAUGUGGCAAUAAGGAAUCAUAACAAUGUGUAAUCAUUUUAUUUUUAUAAUAUGCUCUAUGCAUAUAAACAGAUAAACUAGAAAGGAAAUCAAGAAUAUUAUUAUUUUUUUUAAAUCAUUUUUAGCUUAAAAAAUAGAUUUUCUCGUGGUUUUAAAUUUUCCUUAAAAUAAAUGUGGUUCCCAAGCAAAAUGAACAUGUAAUCGAUAAGUUCAUUUACUAAGGGAACAAUCACUCCUAUGGGACCUGUUAAAUACCAGAGCUGAGGAGGAUGCUUUCAAAUAUAUGAGAUAAGUCAUGUUGAGAAUAUAUGUAUGUAGUAAAAGCAGGUACGCAAUCAUUCCAUAGUAAGAUAUGAACUGCAAGAUGGACUGGCAUUAACCCCAAAAAUAUAAACAUAAAAUAAAAGUCAUUAAAUCCUAUGUAUGUAGAUAGUUGUUAAUUGUGAAAGAUGGUUGCUUGAUAGCUUCAAUUAAUUCACAAAAAUACACAUUCAUUAAUUCAGCCAGACAGUUGUGAUCAGUUAACAAUCCUGUAUUUUCCCUAUUUUGGCCUAAAUGUAGUUUUUCAGCUAAUGUCCUUUAUUCAAUAAAGGCAAAUCCACGAAUUAGAAGGUUUUCACUACAAAACAGACACAGUUAUCCUUUAAAAAUCAGAACUGAAAUUAUUUUACAAAUAAAGGUGAGUAUUUUUCCACUGGGAACCAAAACAUUUAUACACACAAUUAAUUAUAAUAAAUUCAGCGUACAGGAAAAACCGAUAUUACAUUACUUUCAAUCUUUGCAUACCUGCCCCAUUACUUCACUGUCUCUCUAUGCGAGCGAGGUUCGAGAAAUCGCCCCAAAUCGAAAGGGUUAACCGAAAGGAAGGGCUCAGUGGCCGAACCACCUUAGUCAAUAUGCACUGACAUAUAUUAUUAUUGUUCCUUUGCUUACUCGUUUCUCUUCUAAAUGCCCUCACAGCCACAAAUUCUAAUACGAGCUAUUCACUAAACGGCGAGCUGCCGUGAACUGAAAACUGAACUGCAAAGUUUAGACAAAAAUGCAGAUCUGUAUAAAUUCUGCCAAUUAUAGUGACCGUUUGGACAUUGUAACCUGGAUUUUGCAAAUCAGUUUUUUUUAAUUCGCCACAACUCGAUGAUUAGUAAGUAGCCAGAAAUAUGCGGUGCACACCCAGGCUUGGCAUAUCAAAGGUUAAACAGACUGUCUCUGUUCAUGUCUCACUGGUUGUUUGUUGUGGCCAUUAGUGACUUUUAUUAAAACUCUGUCGUCUAUAAAACUAUAAGGAUGCAGUGUACAUUUUUCAUGAGAAAUAGAUGAGCACCAUUUCAUGUUUAUCAGAAUCAGAUGUCUUGGGCUAAUCCCUCCAUGCCAACAUUUCUUUGGUUGGAAACAUUGUUAUAAUCUACAAACCAGGCAACUAGAACAAAAAGUUUCAGCGUCCAAACUCAGAGCAUCUUGUUUCCCAACAAAGGAUGAAUACAUUUACGUUUAUAUUUAUUUCUAAAGCUGUUGAUGUCAAAAUGAAUGUUUCUUUGUGGGCAGAGUGCAGUCAGUAUUCUCACUUUGUUUGGCAAUCUUUGUUGCCAUUACAUUCCUGCAGCCAAACUUGAAUCCCAUCCAGACAUUCUCAAUAACAGGUGCAUUUAGGUGACAAGAAUACUUUCUGCUUUGAUAAUAAAAUGUUAGGGGAUUUACUGGCAGACUAAUGAGGUGAUUUAGAAGCCUUGGGGUCUGGGCUAAAAACCUAAAUCAUAGGCAGCCACUGACAGGCUGUGGGGCCCUAGUUAGUCUGUCAGCCAGCAGCAAAGCAUUCUCCUGUCUGAGCAUGGUGUGAGUUGGAAUCCACAAACAUGGACUAUAUACUCUGUCAGCCAGCAGCAAAGCAUUCUGCUGCCUGAGCAUGGUGUGAGUUGGAAUCCACAAACAUGGGGCAUAUAUAGUCUGUCAACCAGCAGAAAAGCAUUCUGCUGCCUGAGCAUUGUGUGAGUUGGAAUCCACAAACAUGGAACAUGUAUAGUCUGUCAGCUAGCAGAAAAACAUUCUCCUGUCUGAGAAUGGUGUGAGUCGGGAUCCACAAACAUGGAACAUGUAUAGUCUGUCAGCCAGCAGAAAAUCAUUCUCCUGUCUGAGAAUGGUGUGAGUCGGGAUCCACAAACAUGGAACAUGUAUAGUCUGUCAGCCAGCAGAAAACCAUUCUCCUGUCUGAGCAUGGUGUGAGUCGGGAUCCACAAACAUGGAACAUGUAUAGUCUGUCAGCCAGCAGAAAACCAUUCUCCUGUCUGAGCAUGGUGUGAGUUGGAAUCCACAAACAUGGGGCAUAUAUAGUCUGUCAACCAGCAGAAAAGCAUUCUGCUGCCUGAGCAUUGUGUGAGUUGGAAUCCACAAACAUGGAACAUGUAUAGUCUGUCAGCUAGCAGAAAAACAUUCUCCUGUCUGAGAAUGGUGUGAGUCGGGAUCCACAAACAUGGAACAUGUAUAGUCUGUCAGCCAGCAGAAAAUCAUUCUCCUGUCUGAGAAUGGUGUGAGUCGGGAUCCACAAACAUGGAACAUGUAUAGUCUGUCAGCCAGCAGAAAACCAUUCUCCUGUCUGAGCAUGGUGUGAGUCGGGAUCCACAAACAUGGAACAUGUAUAGUCUGUCAGCCAGCAGAAAACCAUUCUCCUGUCUGAGCAUGGUGUGAGUUGGAAUCCACAAACAUGGGGCAUAUAUAGUCUGUCAACCAGCAGAAAAGCAUUCUGCUGCCUGAGCAUUGUGUGAGUUGGAAUCCACAAACAUGGAACAUGUAUAGUCUGUCAGCUAGCAGAAAAACAUUCUCCUGUCUGAGAAUGGUGUGAGUCGGGAUCCACAAACAUGGAACAUGUAUAGUCUGUCAGCCAGCAGAAAAUCAUUCUCCUGUCUGAGAAUGGUGUGAGUCGGGAUCCACAAACAUGGAACAUGUAUAGUCUGUCAGCCAGCAGAAAACCAUUCUCCUGUCUGAGCAUGGUGUGAGUCGGGAUCCACAAACAUGGAACAUGUAUAGUCUGUCAGCCAGCAGAAAACCAUUCUCCUGUCUGAGCAUGGUGUGAGUCGGGAUCCACAAACAUGGAACAUGUAUGGUCUGUCAGCCAGCAGAAAAUCAUUCUCCUGUCUGAGAAUGGUGUGAGUCGGGAUCCACAAACAUGGAACAUGUAUAGUCUGUCAGCCAGCAGAAAACCAUUCUCCUGUCUGAGCAUGGUGUGAGUCGGGAUCCACAAACAUGGAACAUUUAUGGUCUGUCAGCCAGCAGAAAAUCAUUCUCCUGUCUGAGCAUGGUGAGAGUCGGAAUCCACAAACAUGGACUAUAUACUCUGUCAGCCGGCAGAAAAGCCUUCUCUUGUCUGAGCAUGGUGUGAGCUGGGAUCCACAAACUGGGACUAUAUAUAGUCUGUCAGCCAGCAGAAACGUAUUUUGCUGCCUGAGCAUGGUGUGAGUUGGGAUCCACAAACAUGGAAUAUAUACAUUUUAAAUAUAUGGUUUCUUCACUAAACGGCGAAUUCGCCAUAACUGACAGUUUAGUAAAGAGCCAUUUUAGUAAAAGGAAGCAUUGGUUUGCAGCUAGUAAAGGUUACUGGAUGGGAUUUCACCAGAAUUAAAAUAUCUAGAUUAAUAACAGCCGAAUUUAAAACAAUUUUCCAACUCUGAACUGCUUUAAAUAAAUUACAAACUCAGCUCGUUUCCAUCUAUAUUUGCCUAUCGUUCGCCAACUCGCCAAAACUCGCAGCUUAGUGAAUACCUUCCUGAGGAUGAAUCAUCUGGGUGAAAAGCAUCUGCCAUAUAUUGUAUUUUCUUUCAGAAUGAGAAAAAUUAUGUAUUUUUUUCUCAAAAUGUGUAAAAUUACCAUGAAAUAUAACAUUUAGGUGAAAUUAGUAGAAUGGCAAUUAAUUCUCCAAUUGAAUCCAAUUACUUAAAAUGGCCAGAAUAGAUUGGCCCAAAUUAUUGAAUUCACAGAUCAGUACAAGAUAAUUCUCAGUUUAGUAAGUAACCCUGGUAAUGCAACCGUUAAGGUAUGUGAAGGGUUAACAUUAUCCAAGCAUAUUGCAUUAAAAGGCAGUGUAGUUUCUAUUCACUCACUCACUCACUCACUCAGAUACUCACCAGUUAUGGGAAGAAAGAUUAUUUUUGAAAAUAGUUCAUUGUAUCCCGAAUAAUGAUGCACAAUAAAAACACAAUUAAAAUGUAUCUGUUCAACCUUAAAAUUACAAACCUAUUUGCUUGUUGGCGUUUAAAUAGUUAAUAAAAGCAGUAUUUUAAUUUAUGCAGUCCUACCAGGCCACUGCUCUCAGACUAAGUACAUGGUGAGCACAUGAAUGUAAAUGGCCAUAGAGAUUUGGCACUGGGUUUAGCUAUUAAUGAGGAGCCAAGGAGGCACGUAGGGUAUAAUAUAUUAUUUCUCAAACUGUGUUCAGUUAAUGGGAUUGGGUUAUUUGGCAAUGGGUGCAGACUACGUGGAAUUGGUAUAUAUGUCACAGUGUGAUUACUAUGAAAUAUUGGGAUCUAUUCACUAAAGGGCGAAUUGUUGCUUUGUUAAACCACAGGCAGCAUUUAGACCAAACUAUUCAAGAUGGUAAAAUAAUAUCCUUUUAUGAUGAAGAUGUUUUCCAGCUCGCUUAGUUUAGCCUGCAUUUUAUUUUAAGUGGGUUGUUAGUGUCCCCAAUACUCAACCUUUAGUUAAUCUAAACAGUAAAUGUGACUAUACCAUACAGAGCCCUGCAGGGCCAGAAUUAGCGUAAGUGAUCCCUAACAGCAUUCCAUUGACAUUUGCUGUUAAAAUCAUCACAUCAUUUAUUGUAUGUGCUCACUGUCACUCAUAAAAAGGGUAUUAAUUACGUGUAUCUUCUUAAAGAGGCACCAGCAUACCUAAACUGAGCACUAACUCAAUAUAUGUCCUGAAAUGGAAAGAAGAAUAAUUUAUAAUAAUGUUAUAGACCAUUUCCAAAUUAUUAUUAGUUAGCAGAUAUAUAUUUAUUUAUUUUUUGCAGGUCUAUACAUAUCUUUGUGGGAUCAGAGUUCUACGAUGGCAAAAAGUCAAAUAUAGUCCCAUCUUUUUUUAUGAAAUAUUUUUACUAUUAUCAUUCUAUGCAAGGCAGGAUUUAAUCACAGCUAAGAAAUCAACCUCUCGUAUAGUUAGACAAAUCUCCCUAUACCCAGCCAUGCCUUAUAGGGAGUUUAACGUGUUGAUUUAAAAAUAAAUAAAUAAGGUUGAUAUGGGCAUUGCCAGUCUAAAGCACGCUCAAUACAAAUCUACUUGUAACAGUCUCACCUGUUAGCAUUGAUGGCUCCGAAUAUGAUUCUGGAAUGCAAUUCGCAAUAAAACUCAGCCAGUCUUUCAGGCUUCCCCAAACUCCGGCCCUCCAGAUGUUGCUGAACUACAACUCCCAUGAUUCUGUGAAUGAAAUAGACCGGCUGAGAAUCAUGGGAGUUGUAGUUCAGCAGCAUCUGGAGGGAAGCCUGAGUUAGAGCUUUGUCGAACAUCAGGAUAAAUGCACCCCAGAACCAGCAGGGAAUGACAUUCAGAAACAUUUACCGUGUCAGAUUGAUAGAAGAACGAGCAGCCUUUUAUUUUCUAUCGUUUCAUUAUGCAGAUGAGCAUUCUACGUUUAUUUUAUUAUUUUUCUAAAGUUAAAUUUUUAUUUUUAUUUUUUUCCAGUGAUGAACAGAAAGCAAAGCAGCCCCAUCAUUAAAUCACAGGACGGUCACACUAAUAAUAAUAUACACGGGCUAUCGAUCCCAGCUUCUUCGUCGUAACUACUAUUCGAAUUCACAAAAAAAAAAAAAAAGAGAGAAGCAACUCCCAUCAUCCCCCCUGCAUUAGAACACUGUCACCUUGCACGCUGUUCUCCUGCUGUGGCUUUUGGAUACAAAGUCUAACAAGUCCACAUAAUCAGGGACCACGGCAUUCUUUCACAUCAGAUUAGGAUAAAGCAGAGGUGAGGAAAAGAUUUGGAGAUUGAAUAAUCUAUUUACUUUGGGAAAAUCAAGCAGGUUGUUGAAAGCCAAGUAGCUAAGACUUUUCAAACUCUUGUUUGCUAUCGAGGAUCUAUUUUCCUCUAUGUUCCUUUCUCACUUCCAAUACCUUACAUGCACUAAUGUUUUUAAAUAGAAAUUGGCAAUAAAGUCUGUUUUUUUUUUUUUUUUUUUUUAGAAGACAAUGAUAUUUAAUUCUUCUUUUUUGGGGGGUAGGGGAUACUUCAAUUACUUAUUUUUCAGAAAUCUUUGGAACAUACUGUAUGAUGUGAAACAAUCUUUGUUAAAGUGUAAUGUAUAUCCUAGAUUGUAAAUGUACAAAUAAAUAACAUCUUUUUAUUUUAUAUUUUUAUAAACAUAAAUAUCUUAAAUAAAUGAAUUAGAAAUGGUUCUCUUUUUUUCAUUGCCUGUUAUUUUCAUUUGUUACAUUAAAUAUUGGCUGCUUUUGAGACACUACCAACAAUUUCCUGUUUUCAAAUCAGC